CCAGCAACAAAAGCCAUGGCACCAAUACGACGAUAUCUACGCAUCACGCGCUACUCAGUCCUCGAAGUACGCAUCUACCUCGACAACCCAUCCCUCGCAAACUCCUGGCUGCUCAACUCACGCGACCCCGUCCUCCCUCGUGUCAUUGAAGCCGUACGACCCCUCGUGCUACCGAAACUGCGCGAGGAGAAUGAAAAUGCAAAGAAAAAGGGUGGAAAGAAGAAGCGGGGUGUGAGGGAUGUUGUUGCACAAGAUGACUUUGAAGUCUCCAUCUUCUUGACAGAGACGAGUAACACACACGCCAUGCUCACGAAGCAAAAAAUAUUCUCCGAAAAACCGCGCCUGCAGAGCAAUACGAAGAAAUUGACGAAAUUCUUCAAUAACAAUACUUCUGACACUGCUAUCCAUGUCGAUGAUGAGGAAGAAGUCCCCGCAAUAUUACUGGAAGAAGACGCAGAAGAGACGAGAUUGGAAGAUGUACCUGAAGCUAUCUCGGGCAAGAAACGAGCUCGUGAAGACGAAGAUUCUAUCUUUGUGCAAGAGGAUGACGAGGAUGAGGAAGAAGAGGAAACAAAACCAAAAGCAAAGAGGAAGAGAGUUACAGAUCAAGAAGAGGAGGAUAAGAAAAAGCUGGGUUUGAAGACAGCAUACGAAGGAUUCAGUAUCUAUGGCCGUAUCUUGUGCUUAAUUGUCAAGCGCAAGGGUGUCAAGAAAGCCACGGGUCAGACUGCUGGCAGUCAGAUGCUGGAGAAUUGGGUUAGUACGCAGGCAGAUAAUGAUGGAAUGCUUGACGAUGCCGAAGAUGGAUGAAAGAGAGACUGCUUUUUGAGCGAGAAAACAAUGGUCUAUAUACAGCUAUCGCUAUUGCAUCUUUCUGUCUAGGAUGGCAGGGGUGCUGGGAGGUAGCUUGUUGAUGUCGGAAACGACGAUACCAAGCAGCCAGCAGUUUAUGCCGAAGAAGGCCAUGCUGGCGAACCAGAGUCCUGGGACGAAUGUCGAGUGGCCGAGGAAUUCUAGCUGGUAGCCUUGCUGGAGCCACAGAGCCUGAUUUUGCUGUUAGCAGAGUCACACUGGAAGGAGCAGAUGAGGAAAGCUUACCUGACCAACCACCCACAGGGCAAGAGCUGUGUAUCCCAGCUUGGGUCGACGAAGAAGCGAGGAGGUCGGAAGGUAGAAUGGGAGGAAGACCAUGUACCACAAGAAGUACUG